CCCCUACAAACGGGAAAUCGUCUCGCCCAGCACCGUGUGGGGAAGCCAGUUGUACAACAGGUCUAUUUAAUAGUCAGGUUACCACGGUUCAACAAUCAGACCUAGUCUGUAAAAGGCAAGAAGUCACAGAGACAAUCGGUUUAUUAUUUGGCAGGCUACGGAGGUAAGAAGCACCGUCUACGUCUGGGGCUGUCGACUCGGGUAUAAGACAUCGCCGGGGUAGAGCGUCUUCGUCUUGGGGACAGGACCCUGGCGUCUUCGGGGCCAUUCUUCUCGACUGAGAACUGUCCGCAGAUUUUUCUCAAUCAUGACGAGAAGUUCGGAGGAGAACGGGGCCGUCACGAGCUCACCUGUGACCAGGGAAGACCAAAAUGGGCACCGGACAGACCACCCGGCGAACGGCGGAACGGGAACACCUACUCAGACCAGCACGGCAGACCUGGUAGAGACACCACCUGUCGACUUCAAGGGGAAAAGCAAGGGUUCCAAAUACAGCGAGUCCAUGAAGAUCCUUAUUCCCUUUCGACCAACUAAAAAGGGGAAAACAUUUCCCACGGACCACAGCGGUCUGUUCUCCAACAUCUACUCGGGUUGGAUGAACUCCAUCGUGUGGAAGGCGACCAAGGGCAACCUGGAGGACUCCGACAUCUACGACCUGGCCCCUAACGACUCUUCUGAUUCAGCAAGUCAACGACUCUUGAGGCUGUGGGAUGAAGAAGUUCGGAACAAGGGCAUCGAGAAGGCCUCGUACUACAAGGUCAUGGUCAGGUCCAUCAGGACAAGAUGGAUCAUGUCUUCAAUCAUCCUGUUCCUCUGCCUGAUGUGCUCCUUCAUCUCAGCGUCGGUGAUCAUCAGAGAGCUGCUGACCUACGCGGAGACGACGAACCCGAACGUCCGUGUGGGGAUCGCGCUGGUGUGCGGCAUGCUGUGUACGGAACUGUUCCGGGUCAUGGCCAUCAGUUUUGUCUUCGUGCUGAACUACCGGACAGGGGUCAGGCUCAUGGGCGGGUCUCUAUCACUCGUCUUCAACAAGAUUCUCCGCCUGCGCAGUCUCAAGGACAAGUCUGUCGGAGAGUUGGUGAACCUCCUGUCCAAUGACGGCAUGCGUCUGUUCGAGUUUGUGGCCUAUGGAAACUUCAUCAUCAACACACCUCUGUUGUUCAUCCCUGGGAUCAUCUACACAUGCGUCAUCUUGGGGCCCUGGGCUCUGCUGGGGGUCUUCACCUUCAUCCUGUUCCUACCGUUACAGGGUCUAUUUGGCAAGAUCGUGGCGGUAAUCCGCCGGAAGUGCGUCCGUAUCACCGACCGCCGCGUGCGCAUGAUGAGCGAGAUGUUAACCAGUGUAAAACUGAUCAAGAUGUACGCGUGGGAGCGGCCUUUCGCCAAGACAAUCAGCGGUAUCCGUGCGCAGGAGAGGAAGAUGCUGGAGACAGCAGGGUUUGUCCAGGCUAUGAGCUUUGCUGUCACCCCGGCUGUACCUGUCAUCGCAGCCGUGCUGUCCUUCAUCGGACACACGCUGUCCGGAAAUAACCUCACUCCUGCACAGGCGUUCACCGUAGUUUCCGUGUUCAAUUCCCUGCGGUUUGGUCUGGCGCUGCUGCCAUUCGCCGUGAGAGCGCUAGGGGAGAGUGCAAUUGCCGCCGCAAGAAUAAAGAGCGUGCUAAUCAUGGAGGAGUUGGAGCCGUACAAGGACAAGCCGUCAGACCGGAACAAGGCGGUUGAGAUCACCGCCGCCACCUUCGGCUGGGACGCGCUGGACCGGAAGGGCGAGGAGAAACGCGCGAAAGAAAAGGAUUCUGGGAAGAUGCAAAAUGGUGGCCCGCCCGGAGGACGAGGAGGGCCACCUGGGAAAAAAGGAAAGAAGGGAAAGAAAGGAAAGAAGGGCAAAGAUGGGGACAAACAGGAGGAGAAGGAGGAGGAAGAAAAAGACAAGACUAUCCCUACCAUCUUUGACAUUGACCUCACACUUCCUAAGGGAUCCCUACUCGGAGUAUGUGGAGGUGUCGGCUCCGGUAAAAGUUCUCUCAUCUCUGGAAUCCUUGCCCAGAUGCGGCUUUUAAAAGGGAAGGUGGCGACCGAGGGUACGUACGCGUACGUGGCGCAGCAGGCGUGGAUCCUGAACACCAGCGUGCGGGACAACAUUCUGUUCGGACAGCCGUUCGACAAGGAGAGAUACGACCGAGUUUGUUACGCCUGUUCUUUAGUACCGGAUUUCAAGCAGCUCCCAGACGGAGACCAGACUGAGAUCGGAGAACGCGGUGUGAACAUCAGCGGGGGGCAGAAACAGCGCGUAAGCCUGGCACGUGCGCUGUACGCCGACAGGGACAUCUACCUGCUGGACGACCCGCUGAGCGCCGUGGACGCGCACGUCGGCAGGCACAUCUUCAACAACUACGUCAAGAAGGAGCUCAAGGACAAGACGGUGCUCUUCGUCACCCACCAGUUGCAGUAUCUCAGCGACUGUGAUGAGAUUAUUGUGUUCAACGAUGGCCGGAUCACGGAAAAGGGAACACACCGUCAGCUGAUGAACCUCAAUGGAGAAUAUGCCAAUCUCAUCCUGAACUUCCACGAAGACGAAGAAGAUGACGAAAAUGGAGACGUGAUUGUCGAACAGGAGGACGUGGUGAUCGAGACAGAAAGUCCCCUUCAAAGGAACCCGUCAGUACAGCGUUCACUCAGAAGGAGGGACUCCAAACGUGCUUCUCAGAGGUCGUUCCAGCGGCAGGACUCCAUCCGUGGUUCGGUGAACCUGAAGCGGUCCUACAGUAUCCGCUCCGUCCACAGCACAGCGAGCGAGACGGCCGGGCACAUCGAAGAACCGCCCGAGAGGGAAGACUUCGACCCGGAACCAGAGGGAAAGAAAGAAGAGGGAGACCCCCAACGACUAGUAACCGAAGAGGAGAAGUACAAAGGCACGGUGGCCUGGGGGACGUACUGGUCCUAUGUCAGGGCCGGUGGAGGUGUAAUCGCUUGUUGCUUCACGAUGCUUCUCUUCAUCCUGAACACCGCGUCCAUGGUCUUCAGUAACUGGUGGCUCAGCUACUGGGUCAACCAAGGAAGCGGGGUGCCAUACAACCAAUCGGACCCAAACACAGUCAACAUCACCAGUAACCCGAAGUUGAACUUCUACAUCCUGAUCUAUGGCAUGAGUCUGGUGGCAUUGCUGUUUACUGCAGUCAUCAAGGGCUUCUUCUACGUCAAGGUGACACUCGGAGCUUCUUCGUCGAUGCACGACUCAGUCUUUGCUUCGAUUUUCCGUUGUCCCAUGAAGUUCUUUGACGUCACUCCCACUGGAAGGAUCCUGAACAGGUUCUCGCGAGACUUGGACGAGAUUGACGUCCGCCUUCCCCUGACCAUGCAGUUGUUCCUGGAUAACAUCUGGGUCGUGUUCGCCUCCAUUCUGAACGUCUGUAUCGUGUUCCCAUGGUUUCUCAUAGCGCUGGUGCCUCUCGGCAUCAUGUUCGCCCUGGUCAACAUCUUCUUCAGACACAUCAUCAGGGAACUGAAAAGAUUCGACAACGUUCGGAGGUCCCCCUGGUUCUCCCACGUCACGGCGUCCAUCCAGGGCCUCAGCACCAUCCACGCCUAUCACAAGAACGGCGACGUCAUGGCCACGUUCACCACGCUCAUGGACAAAAACAACGCCGCCUUCCUGAUGUACCACUUCAGCACCCGCUGGCUGGCGGUCCGCCUCGACACCGUCUCCCUCUCCAUCAACGUGCUGGCCGCGCUCAUGGUGGUGGUGUUCCAGGGACAGAUCCCGCCGUCCUGGGCCGGGCUGGCGCUGUCGUAUGCCAUUCAGACGUCAGGCCUGCUACAGCUGACCGUCCGGAUGGCGUCAGAGACGGAGUCCAGGUUCACGUGCGUGGAGAGGAUAACUCACUAUGCUGACAAUCUGGAGCAGGAAGCCCCAGAGCAUAUAAAAGACGCAGACCCGGCUGAAAGCUGGCCUGACCAGGGCGUUGUGCAGUUUGCCCGGUACCAGAUGCGCUACAGGGAGAGCCUGCCCUUGGUGCUGAAGGACGUUCAGUGCAACAUCCGGCCCAGAGAGUCAGUGGGAAUUGUGGGUAGAACGGGAUCGGGCAAGUCAUCACUGGGCGUUGCUCUUUUCCGAUUGGUGGAGCCGACGGACGGGACCAUCUUGAUCGACGGGGUGGACAUCUGCAAGAUCGGUCUGCAGUCCCUCCGCAGCAAACUCUCCAUCAUCCCGCAGGAUCCGGUCUUAUUUGUAGGAACUGUCAGGUAUAAUCUGGACCCGUUCAAUCAGUACAAGGAUCCGGACCUAUGGCGUGCGCUAGAGAGGACCUACAUGAAGGAUGCGAUAUCGGGGCUAGAGAAACAGUUAGAGGCUCCUGUGGUAGAAAACGGUGAAAACUUCUCAGUGGGCGAACGGCAGCUCAUCUGCAUGGCCAGGGCCCUGCUCAGGAACAGCAAGAUCAUUCUACUUGACGAGGCAACAGCGGCCAUCGACUCAGAAACAGACAGCCUGAUACAGAAGACCAUCCAUGAGGCCUUCACAGAUUGCACCAUGUUGACCAUAGCUCAUCGGCUCAACACCGUGCUGAACAGUGACCGUAUCAUGGUCAUGGAGGAUGGGAAGCUGGUGGAAUUUGACACCCCAGCGGUCCUCAUGUCCGACCCCAACUCACGCUUCAGUGCCAUGAUGGCGGCCGCCGGAAGUGACGUCAACAAAUACCUCACAAACAACCCUCUACCGGAUGUAGAAGAAGCAGACGAGGAAGAGGAUACGAAGUUGUAAAUGACUAGUCUGUUGUGGGACAAGUAUUGUCGUCAGUUUGUAUAUCAGUCACCAAGGGUUUAUAUAUUUUGAUAAUUAGUCCAGAGAAAAGAUGUGCAUUAACUUAGUGAGUAUCUGUAACUUUUUCGUUUGUUUAAAGUGUUUUAUUAUGUCAAUAUAAGUGAUGCAGAUUGUAACAUACAGUAUCAAAAACCAACAGGGACAGUAUUAUUAAAGAAAAUUUGUGGUGAAGAUGAAUGAGACACUAAAACGUUAACGGCGAGUGCAAUUAUUAUCCAGUGUUUUAACCAUAAUUAUUACAAAUAAAUGUUAGUUUUUCCAGUGAACAGUCAAUGAGCCGAACAAGUAUAUAUAAAUGUUGUAGUAUAUAUAUGUUGUGUUAUUUUGUGGGAGGGAAUAACUUAUGUCAUUACUUAUGUAUACGGAGCUGUGUUACAUUUUUAUAUUUUUCUCAUGCCUUAACAUGAGUUUUUUUUUUGCGAUUUUAUAUAUACUUGUGCCAUGAUAACACCAAACAAAAAAAAGACAAUGGAUGGAAUCGAAAGACCGCAAUAUGUUUCAAUUGUUACUGACUGUUGUUGAACAAAGUGCAACGGUUAUAUCAUUAUCAUAGUCUCAUUGUAAAGAUGUACUCAAUAACUACAUUUCUACUAUUUUCAGAAUUCGAAUAAGGGUGCUGCUACAGACGUUAAUAUUUCUACAUAUCAAAGCUACACUGUCUGAUGCGCAAUUUAUGAAUGUCAGGGAUACUUCAUGCGGACCAAAAUGAUGAAUAAAACGUAUAUAGCGCUCA